AAUAUACAAGAAUUUCCUUAAAACAUCACCAAAAAUGAAUACAAUUAUUUUGAAGAUCUUCAUGCCAACAUGAAAGUCAAACCUAAGGCUAUGUCUAUUCUACAAAAUCUCUGUCACAUUAAAACUCUCAUCACAAAUAGAACAACAACUUCUUCCUCUAAUAAAAUGUUUAAUCCCUUGAUUAAACAUGCCAAGAUUUUUUCUAUCUUCUCUCUAAUCACAUUAUCUACCAUAUUUUUUCUCAUACAAGGUGAUCAUGUUAUCUAUCAUGAUUCCCUUAUACUCCAUGCUACAAAUAAAGAACCUCUUGUGAUGUUGCAAGCUCAAAGGUCAACACUUACUCUUGAAGGUCACAAUUACAAUAAACCUUUACUACGUUCCAUGCAAAAAGAGAAAUUAGAAGAAGUUGAUUAUGCAAAUCAAAAAGUACUAGUUGCUCCAUUAAAUCUCAACAUAGAACAAAGAAUUGUAUGGUUCAAAGAAAAUCUACAAGAGUUCAAGAUUUUAAGGUCAAAUAAAUUGGCAAAGCAAUUCCAUGCUAGAAUUCAAGGAUUUCACAAAAACAAUUCAUGUGAGUCACAAUUCUUCAUGACAUGGAUUUCACCUUCAAGUUCAUUUGGAUCAAGAGAAACUUUAUCUAUAGAAAGUGUUUUCAAGGUUCAACCUCAAGCAUGUUUGACAAUUUUAUCAAGAACUUUAGACUCAAUUCAUGGCUACAAAAUUCUCAAACCAUUCAUUGAUAAAGGGUUCAAAGUUCAAGCUAUAACACCAAAUUUGUCAUUUUUGUUAAAAGGUACUCUAGCUGAAACAUGGUUACAUGAGUUAAGGAAAGGAAAAAAAGAUCCUGGUGAGAUUCCUUUGUUUCAAAAUCUAUCUAACUUGAUAAGACUAGCUGUUCUUUAUAAAUAUGGUGGUGUUUAUAUAGACAUAGACUUUAUACUAUUAAAACCUUUGAGUGGUUUGAGGAAUAGUAUUGGAGCACAAAGCAUGGAUUUUGGUACUAAACAUUGGACUAGAUUAAACAAUGCUGUUCUUAUUUUUGAUAAGAAUCAUCCACUUGUUCUAAGGUUCAUUAAUGAAUUUGCUUUGACUUUUGAUGGAAAUAAAUGGGGGCAUAAUGGUCCUUACCUUGUUUCUAGAGUUGUUGAAAGACUUAAGAAAAGACAAGGUUUCAAUUUUACAAUUUUGCCACCUAUGGCCUUUUAUCCGGUUAGUUGGACUAAGAUAGGUGGUUUUUUUAGGAAGCCUAAAACUAGAAGUGAAGAAAAAUGGGUUGAAGCCAAAUUGAAGCAACUUAGUGGUGAAACUUUUGGGGUUCAUCUAUGGAACAAACAAAGUAGUGGAUUGGUUAUUGAAGAAGGAAGUGUCAUGGCAAGACUUGUAUCAAAUCAUUGUAUCAUUUGUAAGUUGUAAUAGUUUUUUCUUACCUUAUGUAUAGGAACACUUGUGUGAUGUAAAAUCUAGCUUUACAAGUUGUGAAGAAAUUCUCUUUUAACACAUAGUUUGUCUACUUGAUGAUUCCAAUUUAAGGAUUUAAAUGAUGGUGGUAUCAUUCCUUAAAAAAUGAUGGUUGCAUCACGAUCUUUUAUAUUAUGGACAAUUGGAUCAAAUGUAGACUGAAUUACCAAGGUGACAUCAUCCUUAAUAAUAUAGACAAUUGUGAUCGAAUGCAACGAACAUGUUCUUGAUUA